UGUUAAGCUACUUUUGUUAGAAAUGAGUGCUUCAAUACUGGGUAUGCAAACAAACACCAAGCCCAGUAGCACACAAUGGCCAGCAUCUAUCUAUAUUUUUAUGGGUACAUUUUCGGAAAAUCUUGGAGAUGCCAACAGGCAGCUGCUUCUUAGCACAGAGCACGGCAAAAGUGAUGAUGUUCAACUGUUACAAAAAACGCUACAGAUAUGCGACCCAAAAACCAAAGUGGAGAUUAUCCCAAUAGCAAUUGAGACACAGCAGCAAAUUAUUAAUCAGCUUGCUCAAAAGCGUGCUAGCGGAGAGCACAUGCUGGUGAUUAAUUUGUGCGAUGGAACAGAACUGGAUGGGUAUCCUGGGAUUUCUGUUGUAAAAAAUCUUCAGAACGCCAAUAUUCCGUUUUCUGGUGCGGAUGCUCAUUUCUACGAUGGUACCACCAGCAAGCCUGCUCUUAAACGACAACUCAUCAAGUUUAAUGUUGAGACGUCUCCAUUUCAAGAGAUCAAUCCAGGAACUGAGCUAGCCGAUAUUGCUGCAUCUGAAAAAAUCCUUAGCUGGCCAAUGAUUAUCAAGCCAUCUGUAUCUUAUGCAAGUAUGAACAUCAGCGACACGUCGAUUGUCCAUUCAAAAGAGGAAGCACUUUGUCAAAUCGAAAAACUAUGCCAGUUGACUUCGCAGGGAAUAUUUAUUGAAAAGUUUCUUCCAGGUCGUGAAUUUACUGCUCUAUGUACGGGUGAUUCCAGGGAUGGCGUCAAAGUCUAUCCCGUAGCCGAGCGAGUGUUUAAUCCAGCCUUGAAAACUGAGGAGCGGAUUCUUGCUUUUGAUAGAUACUGGGAUGGAUAUGAACUAGGCAGUGAAGCACCUGCCAUGACAGAAUCCAGUAUGGUGUGGUACGACUUGGCACCUAGCGAAUGGCAAUCCCAUCUGCAAGAUCUUGCUCGUCGUGCUUACACUGCAUGUGGGGGAAACGGAUACGGUCGCGUAGAUAUUCGCACUCAAUCGUUUGAUAAGCCUGAUGCGUUGGUUUUGGAAGUCAAUGCAAAUUGUGGACUGGCUUUUGGUGAUGGAGCUUCCUCGCUUGGCGAGAUUCUAAAGCUUUCCAAAAUAUCUCCUAGAGAUUUCUGUAUGGAUUUGGUGCGUUAUUCUUUCGCCCGACCUGUGUGAUGGGAAUUGGUUUUCAGUUUGAGAUAUACUGUUAAAGAUCAUUUUAAAUGCUAGAUUAGUUUAAAACAAUUGGAUUGAAUCACUAAUGAGGUUGGC